AUGGCUCCGCCCCCAAAGCCAACCGUCCCCGAGAGCCGGGGGGCUCUUCCAGCAAGCAACCCAGCCGGUCCCCCCUCGGGUCUGUCCGUGAUCCCCUCGCAGUACAACUCGGAACAAGGACUACGGCAAAGUCUGAAGCACAUUGGAUAUGAUGAGGCCCGCGAAGACGGGUACCGCUUGAAAGGUAUACAGCUGAUUGACAGCGUCCGACGGAGCCUGCAACUGCCGGUGAAGACAUUUGAUACAGCGGCAGUCUAUUACCACAAGUUCCGUGUGCGGUUCCCGAGCAACGAGUACAAUUACGAAGAUGUGGCGCUGGCAACGCUCUUUGUAGCAUGUAAGGCCGAAGACACCAUCAAGAAGUCAAAAGAUAUUCUCUGCGCCGCACACAACCUCAGACAACCUCACGAUCACAAAACACCGGAUGAUAAGAUAUUCGAAGCUCCCUCCCGUUUCACUGUCGGUUUAGAGCGGCACAUCUUGGAAACAAUAGGGUUCGAUUUCCGCGUCCAAUACCCACAGAAGCUUCUUGUGAAGAUAAUUAGAAGGAUGUUUCCGCGUAACGAUGAGGCAGCGCAGGAGGAGGGCGAGAAGUUCCUUCGGGUCGCGUACGAUAUGUCCAUCGACCUCUACAAAACCUUUGCGCCUGUGAAGCAGGCUACUUUCACCCUGGUAUUAGCCGUCCUAGAGCUUACUGCUCUACUCCUGGAGACCGACCCCGCGCGUGUCGCCGAGUUUCGCGACACUCCUGCUUGGCAUACUCGCCGUGCACCCGUUCUCGAGACGAUUUUGGAUUUGCUCGACCUGUACACGCAAUUUCCGAAAUCGACCAAGGUUGGGCCGAGGCUGGUGGUUCAAAAGGUCAUGGAUGUCAAGAUUGAGAUUAACAAUCUACUCACGAACGAAAAGCGUCAACGUCACCAUGGUUGGUGUGACCGGUGCGUGUCAGACACAUUGGAAACACAAUCUGCCACGCCCGGCUCGGCCACCUCGCCGGCGACAAACUCAUCAGCCCCCGGCAGUGGCUCGUCAAAACGUAAGAGGGCGGCUAGCGAAGGGACCCAGCGAUUUGUUUUCGAUGCGGAUGAAGCCCGCAAUGAAAAGAACCUUGUGGCUCGCUAUUUUGAAGAUCAAUACGAAGAGCAAGAGGUGGAAGUAGAGGAACCGAUUAAGGAGUCGGAUUCACGUCCACCAGGACGGGGGAAUUAUUCAUAUCGUAACCAGAGCCACGGCCAAGGGGAUUAUGGAUGGCCAGGGCACCACCGAAACAGUAGGCAUGCACAUCCAGGCGAUCGGCAUGGUCGAAGUCGGCGCGGGCAUGGUUAUUAA